GCCCGCUCCAUUUCCAUGUAUUCUCCCUCCCCGUUUUCGUCUCCCAGCACAACCAGAACCAUGGCUGUGGAAGAAGUGCUCGCACCCUGCGCACCUCGUGGCGCCGCCGUGCAUGCGCUUGCACCUUGGAUCAUCAGUCCCUUCGCUCGAAAGCUUGGAUUCGACUUGGCACGCCCGUUCUGCCCCGCACCCGCAUCCCUCUGGGAUGAAGAUGAUGACCUGCACAAUUGGGAGCUAGUGGAUUCCUGUACGGGCUCGGAGAUUUUGGCUAAACCUUCGUCAAAUGGAGGCCUGAAUCAGGAAGAAUGGCCCUCGGAGGACAUGCCACCAUCAUGGAACGGAGGCUCCGACAUCCACAUUGAUUCCCAUGCCAUAGGCGCGCCGGAAUAUCUCAGCGCGCAGCACUCGCUCUACCUGCAGAUGGCGCUGCUGUCUGAUGCCUGGGAUAUAAUCGGAGAAGAUGUUCAGGAUGGGAGCGUGUUCAGUUACCCCAACGCAGUCACCCUGGACAUAGGAGCUCGUGGUGUCCCUUCAGAUGUUGUCACGGUUCCACAUCAGGUCUACUGUCAAGGGACUAACCGGAAUACCUCCAAGGUAAACCAGAAGGACAGUGGAGCUCCAGGUUCAGAGCCAAAUAAAACUGACUGGCAGCAGCAGCAGGUGGAGGGCACUCACGCUACACUCAAUAAUGUGAACGGGCCACGUUUGAUAGGAGUUGAUUCUCUUUUAUCAGGCGCCUUUGCCACUGCUGGUGACAAGGGCUGGCUCCCAAUUUGUCAGGGCAAAAUGGAAACUAGUGCUACGAGCUUGUGGGAAAUUUCAGCUAAUAAUUCAGGAAGUGUGAUCUGUGAGGCUGAAUGCAAGAACAUCAGUGGCUUGGCUGCAGCAGAAUAUCUUAUUGAGCAACACUUUCUGAUCGACAAUGCAGUGCUGGCGAAGCAGCUUUGCAACGGGGUUUCUGCGGUUAGCUCACCUGAGCAGAAGAUUGGAGAACCAGAGGAUCACAGUGGAUACGGUUCCCCCGUCGCCGGCGUUCAUGGCGUCAGCAUCGCCCCCAAGAAAAAGGACCCAGGCACUACCUGGCUCAUCGCUUCCGCCGCUCCGCACCACGCGACGGGGAACCGUGCCCUCCUCUCCGGUUUCGCGCCGGAUCAUGGAGACCUCUUCGUGAAGGCAGGAGACGCGGGAUCCGCGCCCAUGCGCGUCGCCGGCUGCGGCAUCGUGGUCACCGACGCCGUGGUCCUCCCCGACGUGUGGUACGUCCCCGGGCUCGCGGUGAACGUGGUGUCAGUUAGCCAGCUCGCGGAGCUGGACUACAGCGUGGUGUUCGGCCACGGCCAGUGCUGCGUCAGGAGCGGCGAGGACGGCGGCGUCGUCGGCACAGCACGCGCCGGGGAAGACGGCCUGUUCGCUCUCGACUUCAUCAAAGUUCCUCUUGGCAUCUGAGUGAGGGAUCGCCACCUCGUCGGCAAUGCAAGAUCUGCGCAUUGUGAUACUGGAAUAAGCGCGCAGCGCGCGUGGAAUGGCCCGGGCUUCUUAUGAUCGUCCUUAGGCUGUUGCAUGAUUCAGGCUUGGCUUGUGUUUGUGUGUUUCGUGCAUCGUAUCGGCUCCCUCGACUAUGUUUGAUUGCUGAACAAACUAUGAAUUUCAUGUGUUUGAUGGAUUCGCUAUCGAUAUUAUA